CAGCGGCGCUGGCAUUGUGGCAGGCGGCGGGGGCCGGCAAGGGCCCUGGGGCCGCUGGGAGCGGCUGGGCGCGGAGAGCGCCGCUGAGCGCACUCUCCUUCGGUCGCGCAACUUCGGAGCCAGGGCGCAGAGCACGGUGAGCGCUCGGAGCCCCGCAGCCGGAGGAGCGCAGAGUGGGGCGCGCCGGAGCCUGGCUCCAGAGCGGGCACCGGGCAUCCACCGCGUUCCGAGCUCCGCUCAGCCUGGCUGCCGCUGCCCCCACGGAAGGCACGGGCUGGCGCGGCCGGGCGCCGGGGAGGACGGCGAGGAGGAGGCGGCGGCGGCGGAGACGGCGGCGGCGAGGCUGGGGCCAGGGAGAGAGCCCCGGGGGAGAGGCGCCCGAGCCGGGCCGCGGGAGCAUGUGGGCCCGGAGCGGAGCGCGGGGCGCGCUGCUGCUGGCGUUGCUACUCUGCUGGGACCCGAGCCUGAGCCAAGCAGGUGCUGACACAGCCAGCGAGGUGCUCCCUGACUCCUUCCCCUCGGCGCCUGCGGAGCCAUUGCCCCACUUCCUGCAGGAACCCCAGGAUGCCUACAUCGUGAAGAACCGGCCUGUGGAGCUGCACUGCCGUGCCUCCCCCGCCACACAGAUCUAUUUCAAGUGCAAUGGAGAGUGGGUGGGCCAGAGCGACCAUGUCACGCAGGAAGGCCGGGAUGAGGCCACGGGCCUGCGGGUGCGAGAUGUGCAGAUCCAGGUGUCCCGGCAGCAGGUGGAGGAGCUCUUCGGGCUGGAGGACUACUGGUGCCAGUGCGUGGCCUGGAGCUCUGCGGGCACCACCAAGAGUCGCCGGGCCUACGUCCGCAUCGCCUACCUGCGCAAGAACUUUGACCAGGAGCCCCUGGGCAAGGAAGUGCCCCUGGACCACGAGCUCCUCCUGCAGUGUCGCCCGCCAGAGGGAAUACCAGUGGCUGAGGUGGAGUGGCUCAAGAAUGAGGAUGUCAUCGACCCCACCCAGGACACCAACUUCCUGCUCACCAUCGACCACAACCUCAUCGUCCGCCAGGCCCGACUGUCAGACACCGCCAACUACACCUGUGUGGCCAAGAACAUCGUGGCCAAGCGUCGGAGCACCACAGCCACUGUCAUCGUCUACGUGAAUGGCGGCUGGUCCAGCUGGACAGAUUGGUCACCCUGCUCUAACCGCUGUGGGCGUGGCUGGCAGAAGCGCACGCGGACCUGCACCAACCCCACCCCACUCAACGGAGGCGCCUUCUGCGAGGGCCAGGCCUUCCAGAAGACGGCGUGCACCACUGUGUGUCCAGUGGACGGGGCGUGGACGGAGUGGAGCAAGUGGUCGGCCUGCAGCACUGAGUGUAUCCAGUGGCGCAGCCGUGAGUGCAUGGCGCCCCCGCCCCAGAAUGGAGGCCGAGACUGCAUUGGGCCGUUACUCGACUCCAGGAACUGCACUGAUGGGCUGUGCAUGCAGAAUAAGAGAACUCUAAGCGACCCCAAAAGUCACCUCCUGGAGGCCUCAGGUGAUGUGGCGCUGUAUGCAGGCCUCGUGGUGGCCAUCUUCGUGGUAGUGGCAGUCCUCAUGGCGGUGGGGGUGGUGGUGUAUCGCCGCAACUGCCGCGACUUCGACACCGACAUCACUGACUCAUCUGCUGCCCUCACUGGCGGCUUCCAUCCAGUCAACUUCAAGACCACGAGGCCCAGCAACCCACAGCUGCUGCACCCAUCCAUGCCUCCUGACCUGACGGCCAGUGCUGGCAUCUACCGAGGGCCGGUGUACGCCCUGCAGGACUCGGCUGACAAGAUCCCUAUGACCAACUCUCCCCUGCUGGACCCCCUGCCUGGCCUCAAGAUCAAGGUCUACAACUCCAGCACCACUGGGCCCAGGCCUGGCCUGCCUGAUGGGACCGACCUGCUGGGCGUCCUGCCACCUGGCACUUACCCUGGUGAUCUCUCCCGGGACAGCCACUUCCUGCACCUGCGCAGCACCAGCCUCGGGUCCCAGCAGCUCCUGGGCCUGCCCCGAGAACCUGGCAGCAGUGUCAGCGGCACCUUUGGUUGCCUGGGUGGGAGGCUGAGCAUCCCUGGCACAGGGGUCAGCCUGCUGGUGCCCAAUGGAGCCAUUCCCCAGGGCAAGUUCUACGAGAUGUACCUGCUUAUCAACAAGGCCGAAAGCAGCCUCCCACUUUCGGAAGGGACCCAGACAGUAUUGAGCCCCUCGGUGACCUGUGGGCCCACAGGCCUCCUGCUGUGCCGCCCUGUCAUCCUCACCAUGCCGCACUGCGCCGAAGUCAGUGCCGGUGACUGGAUCUUCCAGCUCAAGACCCAGGCUCACCAGGGCCACUGGGAGGAGGUGGUGACCCUGGAUGAGGAGACCCUGAACACCCCCUGCUACUGCCAGCUGGAGGCCAGGUCCUGCCAUGUUCUGCUGGACCAGCUGGGCACUUACGUGUUCAUGGGCGAGUCCUACUCCCGCUCAGCCCUCAAGCGGCUCCAGCUGGCCAUCUUCGCGCCCGCACUCUGCACAUCGCUGGAGUACAGCCUCAAGGUCUACUGCCUGGAGGACACACCCGUGGCCUUGAAGGAGGUGCUGGAGCUGGAGCGGACGCUGGGGGGCUACCUGGUGGAGGAGCCCAAGCCCCUGCUGUUCAAGGACAGCUACCACAACCUGCGCCUGUCCCUGCAUGACAUCCCCCAUGCUCACUGGCGGAGCAAGCUGCUGGCCAAGUACCAGGAAAUUCCUUUCUGUCACAUUUGGAGUGGCAGCCAGAAGGCCCUGCACUGCACCUUCUCCCUGGAGCGGCACAGCCUGGCCUCCACCGAGCUCACCUGCAAGAUCUGCGUGCGGCAGGUGGAGGGGGAAGGCCAGAUAUUCCAGCUGCACACCACGCUGGCUGAGACACCUGCUAGUUCCCUGGAUGCCCUGUGCUCUGCCCCUGGCAGCGCUGUCACCACACAGCUGGGCCCCUAUGCCUUCAAGAUCCCAGUGUCCAUCCGCCAGAAGAUAUGCAACAGCCUUGACGCCCCCAACUCGCGGGGCAACGACUGGCGUCUGUUGGCGCAGAAGCUGUCCAUGGACCGGUAUCUGAAUUACUUUGCCACCAAAGCGAGCCCCACAGGUGUGAUCCUGGACCUCUGGGAAGCUCUGCAACAGGAUGAUGGGGACCUCAACAGCCUGGCCAGUGCCUUGGAGGAGAUGGGCAAGAGUGAGAUGCUGGUGGCCAUGGCCACUGACGGGGACUGCUAGCGCCCAGAGCCACGGGCUGGCAGGAACAGACAGGAGGCAGGGUGGGGAGGUCCAGUGCUUACAGCUGGAGUUGCUCCUCUCCUCCUCCUGCUCCCCACCAGAGCCCCAGACCAAGACCAGACCACAGCCAGCCUCGGAGAAUCCAUGUGCUCAGUUGCUGGGAGGCCCAGAGCCCCUCAUCUCAUGCCGUCUCCUGGUUUGUACCCUGUGUGACAGCAGCAGUUAGGGACAGGAGGUGGCCCUCCCUCCAGCCCUUCUCCCGCACUUGCCCUGUGACUUCUGGGUCCCCUAGUUCUAGUUCUGUUCUCACCUUCGCCCCCACCUGCUGGUUUCUCCCCCCAGAGCCCGGAAAGCUUUCACUCCCUUUCCCUCACAAAGAGUCGAGUACAAUUAAUUCCACAGAACUGCUUUCUCCUGUCCACAGUGAAAAGGAAAAGGAAGGUAAAAAAAAAAGCUUCAGACACUAGUGAGGCUCAGAGAAGAAGGAAAACACCAAAACCACAAGGGAAAAGAAAAACCCAGUUUCUUAGGAAACGCAAAUGAUUUAUUAUCCAGAUAUUUGGAUAAGUCCUUUUUAAGAAAAAAAAAAAAAGAAAGAAAGAAAGAAAAUGAAAAAAAAGAAAACGAAAACUUUUUUCCUGAGUGUGGGUGAGAGUUGGCGUGCUCAGGUUUUAGCCGGGAGCUUGUGCAUGCGUGUGUGCGUGUUUGUGUGUGUGCGCGCGUGUGCAUGUGUGCAUGUGUGUUGGGGGGAGAGACUGAACAAGGCAUGCUUUGCUGCUAAUGACUCUGUCUUGGACUGAAUUCUGACAAGACCUCGGUUUCCCCAUCUGUGCAGGGAGCAGGUGAGACAGGGUCGGCUGAAUUC